AUGUCGCCCGUCGACGAUGUCCUCGAGAAAGCCCGCAUCGCAAAGCAGAACGGAAGCACACGCUUCUGCAUGGGCGCCGCCUGGCGUGACAUGAGAGGAAGAAAGACUAGCUUGAAGAACGUCAAGGCCAUGGUCGAGGGCGUGCGCGCCAUGGACAUGGAGGUCUGCGUCACACUCGGCAUGAUUGACCAGAACCAGGCCGAGGAGCUCAAGUCGGCAGGCUUGACUGCAUACAACCACAACGUCGACACCUCGCGCGAGCACUACCCCACCGUCAUCACCACCAGAUCCUACGACGAGCGGUUGGAAACUCUGUCCAAUGUGCGCAAGGCUGGCAUCAAUGUCUGCUCUGGUGGUAUUCUUGGUCUGGGCGAGAAGCCCGAGGACCACGUUGGUCUGCUUUACACCGUGUCUAACAUGCCUGCCCACCCUGAAUCCUUCCCUGUCAACGCUCUGGUACCUAUCAAGGGUACGCCGCUCGGUGACGACCCUAGCCGCAAACGCAUCAGCUUCGACGCCAUCCUCCGCACCAUCGCCACCGCAAGAAUCGUCAUGCCUGCCACCAUCAUCAGAAUUGCCGCUGGCCGCACCACCAUGAGUGAGGCAGAGCAAAUCUUGUGCUUCAACGCCGGUGCCAAUGCCAUUUUCACCGGUGAGAAGAUGUUGACCACCGAGUGCAACGGCUGGGACGAGGACAAGGCCAUGUUCGCAAAGUACGGUCUCACUCCCAUGAAGAGCUUCACCAGAGGCGGAUACCGCGAACAGGAGAUGGUUCCCAACUACUUUGACGAGGCCAAGCAGGAGCAGGAGCAGACCACUGCCUAA